UGAUAAUUCCCCGAAGAUUUAUCUCUUAACUACUUAUUAUAUAUAAUACUAUAAUAUGUGUGGUUUUUGCUGUUAUUUCCAUUUUGAUAAUUCUGAGAGUGUCUAUCCUAAUCUUGACCUCGAUAGUGCUUUAGAGUAUAUUCAUCAUCGUGGACCUGAUUCUAGAGGAAAAUAUAUCUCUCCUGAUGGUCGUUGUGCUCUUGGACAUGUUCGUCUUUCUAUUAUUGAUUUAGCUGGUGGUCAUCAACCUUUAAGUAAUCAAUCUGGUGAUAUUCAAUCUGUUGUAAAUGGUGAACUUUAUGAUUUUGAACGUAUUAGAUCUGAGUUAGAAGCAGCAGGACAUAAGUUCAAGACAUUAAGUGAUAGUGAAAUUGCUCUUCAUUUGUUUGAGGAACAUGAUUUAUCUUUCCUUGAAUACCUUCGUGGUGAAUUUGCUUUAUGUAUUUGGGAUUCUAAGAAGGAUCGUUUCAUUGCUGCUCGUGAUCGUUACGGUAUCAAACCUCUUUAUUAUACUAUCUGUAACGGUACUCUUUUAGUUGCAAGUGAAAUUAAGUCAUUUAUUCCUAUGGGAUGGAAGCCUGAAUGGGAUGUUGAUUCUAUUGUGAGUAAUGGUUAUACCUUCGAUCACAGAACUUGCUUUAAGGGCGUCUACAAGGUACCUCCUGCUCAUUAUCUUAUUGCUAAUUCCACUGGUUACCUCGAAGUACGUCCCUAUUGGGAUGCUGACUAUCCUGAUAAGAAUCUUAAGGAAACUCGUACUGUUGAUGAAAUGAUUCAAGGUGUUCGUGAACAUUUAAUUGAGGCAGUUAGACAUAGAUUAAGAGCUGACGUUCCUCUUGGUGUUUAUCUUAGUGGCGGUAUUGAUAGUUCUUGUAUUGCAGGUAUCGCCUCCGCUUUAUUAAGAGAGAAGAACCCUGAUGCCAAAUUAAAGGCUUUCUCUAUUUCCUUUGCUGAAAGUGAAAAAUAUGAUGAAUCUGAAAUCGCAGAAAGAACUGCCAAGUUUUGUAAUGCUGAUUUCCAAAAGCUCUCCCUUACAGAGGAUGAUCUUUUGACUCACUUUGAGGACUCUGUUUGGCACGUUGAGCAACCUCAAUUCAAUUUGAAUGGUGUUGGUAAAUUCUUACUCUCUGCUUUCGUUCGUGAUCAAGGUUAUAAGGUGGUCUUGACAGGUGAAGGCUCUGAUGAACAUUUUGCUGGUUAUGCUUUCUUCCAUGCUGAUUAUCUUCGUGAGCCUGAUCUUGCUUCUCCUAACGGCUUUGGUACUCUUGAUGAUAAGCAACGUUUAACUAGAUUAAAUCUCUUUGGCAAGCAAGCUGAAUUCUCAAAAUAUUCUGACAAGGGCAUCACUGAUGAUCUCUUGGUGGACAAGAUGGAUCGCACUCGUAGAAUGGUAAACAACGUUAAUACUCAUACCUUAUUGUGUAAACAUCUUAGUUUAAAGGAGGAGUACUUUAAUCGUCCUGUUCUCUCUCAAUAUGGUGCUCCUAACCCUGCUCUUACUAUGGCUGAAUCUAUUAAUGGUAUUGCUCGUUAUAAGGCUAAUCACAAAUGGCACCCACUUCAUACUGCUCUUUACCUUGAAAACCGUACUAUGCUUCCCAACUAUCUCUGCAAUCAUCUAGGUGAUCGUAGUGAGAUGGCUCACUCUAUUGAAGCUCGUACUCCCUUUUUGGACCAUCACUUCUGUGAAUAUGUCAACCACCUUCCCCCUUCCGUCAAAAUUAAAGCCGAAAGUGAUGGUGCCUUAAAUGAAAAAUGGAUUCUUAAGGAAGCUGUUAAGCCAUAUAUUACUGAUGAAAUCUAUAAUCGUACCAAGCAACCUUAUUUGGCUCCUUCUUCUAAGGGUCGUAAUCCUUUGACAACUGAUUUAGUGAAUAAGUUGAUUACCAAGGAGAAUCUUGAUCAUCUUGGCUGGGUUAAUACUGAAAGUGUAUACGAAGCUAAGGAAAGAUAUUUAGAAACCAAUGAUCCAGAGCUCUUUAAAGAUAUGUUAUUUAUCAUGUCUUUUGUUAUCCUUUCUCAACGUUUCCAAGUUGCUACCUAUCAUACUAUGUCUCAAGCUACUGUUGCUCGUUAAAAAAAAAAAAAAAAAAAAA